AUGUUUAAGUCUAUAUCUGUUCACCUGAUAGCCGUACUGCUACUCGCUCUAACGAUAUACGGAGCUCACGUGAAAGGAGACGAAGCGCUAGGGGACACGGAGAAUCAGAAGGACCCGAGUUCGGGACAAAAUGUCGAGGUGGAUAAUGAUAGCUGGAUAGAGAACCUGAUGUGGAACCUACUUGGCUAUGCAACAAUUAUCGUCCCCUCGGCUUGUAUCAUCAGUAUGCUCAAGAACUCAAACUUUAAUGAACGAAGUGGUAAGAUGUUUGCCCUGUUCGUGCUACGUGUAUAGUGUACACCCUGACGUUGUGCAUGUAUGUUUUUGUUUAAAGAGUUUUUAUUUUCUUUUCGUUUAUAAUUUCUUCUUUAUUUAAUUUAAGACGAAGGAUUUUUGUAGGUGCUGCUAAUGAACCUUGUUGCAGUAGUAGCUCGAUAUGUCAGCGAUCAUUCCUUCAUCUUGCUUUAUUUUCAUUUCUUUUUUGAACAUAAAUUUAUUUUUAAAAGGUUUAGCUAUAUAGUUAUUUCAACGAAAAAAGUAGCACAGGAAACGAGAGAGAUCGCUUACUGUCAUUCUUUUCUCUGACUCGCAGGGAGUUUCAGUAAGUUAAAGGCCACAAGUAAAUAAGGCAUAUUUUGGCGCGAUGAUUUGUUUUCGGGAAUGACGUUGUCCCGCCAUCUUGGACAUUAAUACUGCCAGAGAGUUGGGACGAGUCAAAAACUGAUUUGAAGGAAGAGGCCUCCCCGCCCCUGCCCCUUUUAACGUCCUCCUCCCUUAGUCUUUUCCUUUUCUUUUCAAGAUGGCAGCCGCGAUCAAUGUACCUCCGAGUUUCCGUUAAAAAACGCCUUUACACAGAUCAUGUUGACAGUCAAGACAGUCAAGUACUUGCGUCAAAGCUACCCCCCACCUCCCCCGCCAAUUCAGGUUAGGGGUGGGGAUAACUUGGGAGAUAUAUCUUAAUCAUGCAUGGGAGAUCAAGCUCUGGUUGACACAAUGCUUUCCUUGGUCCAUCUUUUGAGGUUGUGAAUUUCUUGUUCAAGUAUUUCACUUGCUUCCUAUAAUAAUUACGAUUGUUAUGACAAAGAUAUCUAGUUUGUAACGUUUUGUUGGACAAUGCACUUAUAUUAAAAUUUUCUUAAACUGGACAAGGCAUGUUCACUUUAUUAUUUAAGACCAAGGCAUGUACAUAACAUGAGGUUAAAUUUGCACUGUAUUUUAUCAUGUCCUGAAAAUACUGUCUAUUUCUUUUCGCUUAUUUUAGGAACUAGCUGCUUGUUCCGCUCAAUUCAGCUGUGCGUUUUUGGUGCUCCUCAUAUAGAAUCUGCAGACGUUCAAGCAGAAGAUGGUGGCAUCAAAGAAAGUCCUUCAAAGGAUGAAAGCUGUCCUCCACCAAGUUUUUCUCAACCAAUUAUCAAGCUUCUGUUUUGUGCAGGGGGUUUGCAAUUGUCAUACCUCACCUGGGCUGUCCUACAGGAGCGAAUAGUGACACGAACUUAUGAAGAGCACCUUCCUGAUGGCUCAGUCAAAUUAGUGAAAUUUACAAACUCUCAGUUCCUAAUAUUUGUAAAUCGUUCACUUGCUUUAGUUGUAGCAUCAGUUUGUAUUUUGUUCACGCACCAGCCACGCCACACUGCACCCCUUUACAAGUAUUCCUAUUCGUCCUUUUCAAAUAUUUUGAGCGGCUGGUGUCAAUAUGAGGCCCUUAAGUACUUCAGCUUUCCAACCCAAGUUCUUUGUAAAGCAUCCAAGAUCAUUCCAGUAAUGAUCAUGGGCAAGAUAGUGUCCAACAAAUCCUACCCCUACCACGAAUAUGUUGUUGCUGUUCUACUCUCUGCAGGCGUGAGUCUCUUUCUCUUGGCGGCAGAGCCAUCAGGGAAGCGAACAUCUGCUGCUACCACUUUUUCAGGAGCUAUAAUACUUCUAGGAUACAUGGCAUUUGAUAGUUUCACUUCCAACUGGCAAACGGAACUGUUCUCAGUAUACAAGAUGUCAACCAUCCAAAUGAUGUUUGGCGCAAACCUGUUCUCUUGUCUCUUCACAGUAUGGUCAAUGAUUGAGGGUGGAAAUUUUUUAGCAGCUGUUGGGUUUAUGAUGAGCCACCCUGAGUUUGCCUACCAUGCCACAAUACUGUCACUGACUUCAGUGACAGGGCAGCUUUUUAUUUUUUUCACCAUACAGUCUUUUGGGCCAGUUGUGUUUACCAUCAUCAUGACCAUUAGAAUGAUGUUGAGUAUCAUGCUGUCGUGCAUUAUUUAUAAUCACCCAUUGUCCGCUCAAGCUCUUUUGGGGGUCAUUGUUGUCUUUGUUGCUCUGUUUUUGCGUGUGUAUGCUAGGUAUCGUGCAAAACCGUCUUCAAUUUGA